AUGCGGCGGUGGCUAGCCACCUGCCGGCCACAUACCACGAGGGUUCUUGGCCGGUGCACUUGGAUCCCAAGGCAUCCGAGCAUGGGAGUCUUCGCACAGCAGAGGCUCUUCUCCGCGCCCUUCCGUGGGCCAGUGCAGGGUCACAUUGAGGAGCGCCUGACCUCUGAGUUGCGGCCGUUGCAUCUUGAGGUGGUGAACGAAUCGCACGGAAAGAAGAGUGACGAGUCUCACUUCCACGUGCUGAUCGUCUCGGAGGCUUUCGAGGGCUUAAAGCCCCUGGCGAGACAUCGUUUGGUGAAUGGCCUUUUCACGCGUGAGGAUGGUUCCUUGAAGUUUCACUCCCUGCGCAUCACAGCCAAGACCCCAGCCAUGUGGGAGGAGGAGCCAUGGUAUCUUCGUGUCGGGUGUUUGUCCCAGGCGUCAAGAUUCACAGGACAGCGUGCAACAUGCUUUAGCCGCAAGCACUUGUCAUCUUUCCAGCAUUUCUUCGACAAGCAGGUCCAGUUCACAACCCCUUCAGAGUGGUUGCCCCACAUCAGGCCGGGCCGUGAGAUGGAAGAAACCAUCGGAGCCGCCACUGAAGAACGGACCAGGGAUUCUGUGGAUGAUCGUCAGCAGGAGGAGACGGCUGAGAAGAUGCGCCGAGAUCGGCAGCUGCAGUUUUUGACCAAUUGGGUGUCAGAGCACAAGGUCGUCCGCCCCGAGCUUGUGCGAUCCAUCUACGCAUGUCAGGCAUUAGACUUUUUUGGUAGUGCAUUCCGGACUGGCAGCGUGCAGAAGCUUGACAAGCUGCACAAGAAAAGCAAGGCCACUGGACGCAUAGAUGAAUUUUGGUCGCAUUCCUGGCAAAAAAGACCUUACCAGAAGGUUUUGUGCUUGCUCUUCCUCAAGAACGGUUUCGCAGCAAGUUUAAUCGGCACGCUGGCUGCCAGCAUCGUCUACACCUUCAUGCAUAAUGGCAUGCUGCUCAUUCGCCUCGAUGAUAGAAUCAAUAGCAGAGGAGAACACCUUGGCUUGCCUUUCCUCUGCACCGUCAGCGGCACCCUCGUCGCAGUCUUGACGCUCUUCAUGUGGCGCUCUCGCGUUAAAGUCUUCCUGGACGUAUGCUGCAUAGACCAGGUGAAUGCUAAGAACAAACAGGAAGGAAUCCUGAGCCUGUGCGGCAUUUUAAGCAAAUGCAAGACCUUGUUGAUCCUUUGGGACGAAACGUACAUUGAGAGGCUUUGGUGUGUGUUCGAGAUUGCCGCCUUUGCGCACAGAAGCGGUAAACCCCGCACGGCUAUCAAGCCAACUCUUCUGGGCAAGGCUGCUCUGGCUGUCUAUGCUGGGACCCCAGUCAUGGCGUUGCUUAAUCUUGAAUUCAUGAAUGCGAAGUACCGGUGGAGCAGCUCCUACGUGAUGCUUGGUGCCUUUGUUGUAAGCUUCUACUGGGGCGUCGCUUCCUUCCGGUCAUACCACUACUCGAUCGAGAUCUUACACAGGCAGCUGCAGAAUUUUCGGUUAGAAGACACAAAGUGCAACUGCUGUACGCAGGGACAUGUUGGUCCUGACGGCAGGACCUUGUCUUGUGAUCGUGAGGUUGUAGAGAGGUGUAUUUGCAAUUGGUUUGGCAGCGUGGAACAGUUUGAGCUCUUCAUCGUGCCCCUGCUUCGCAGCACCUUCGAGAAAGAACUCGGGCAACAUACUUUCCCCUACAUCUACUUCCUGGUGGUGUUCUGUCCAGUCGCCUGGGCAGGGAUGGAUUUGACUGCGGGCCACCGCUGGGGUGGUUUCUGGAUGUUCCAAUUCACAGGCUACUGGCUUGGUGUCAUGCCUGCAACUGCGAAAGUGGGCCUCUACCUCUCCAGCUACUUCUGCAGGCCAAGACGAUAUAAAGUGUGUGACGUGCUGCUGAAUCUUGUGAUUGUCCUGGUGAUGAACGUGUGCUUCCUGGCGGCCCUCUAUGCCGGGGCUGCGUUGAAUCCCAAAGGCUGGAUAAACCAGUACACCAAGGACGUGAAUCUCCAAGGAUUCCUGCUCUUCGUCACCUUCUGCAUUCCUGCCGUCAUGCUGUUCGGCAUGCCAGUGCUCGUUCGCUUUGUGCGCUCGCGUGUUGCCGGGACGGAACAGAACUCCGUCUAG